AUGGGUGCCAUCGCUCGGAUCGAGCCGGGCGGGACAACAAAACGGCGAGUCGCGGAAGACAGCCAAUUCUUCGAUCAUCUCGUGGACCUCAUACCGCUGCGCCACUACCUCCCGUCGCAAGCUGACUCUGUCGCCCUGAAGUAUGAGAAGGUGGAGGGAGGCAAGGCAGAGGCGAAACGGGCAGCUAAGGAGCAGUCGAAGAAAGCAAAGAGGCUUAAGCACCCGCCGUUUACUUUCCCUUCCCCACCCCUACUUCUGCCCCCGCAGCAGCCCAGUGCACCUCUCAGGCCCCGGGCCCUUUUGGACCCAGCAGCUGCGCAGCGCACCUCCCAGGCGCUGCAUGCCCUUUUUGGCGCUAAUUCCCCUUUGUCCUGUCCCCCUUCUUCCCUUCCAAAUUACCUCCCCCAGUUGGACCCCGCAGCAGCUCAGCGCACCUCCCAGGCGCUGCAGGCGCUUCUGGACCCUGCAGCAGCGCAGCGCACCUCCCAGGCACUGCAGGCGCUUGUAGGCGCUAAUUCCCCUUUGUCCCCCUUCUUCCCCCCCCAAAUUACCCCCCCCCAGCUAGACCCAGCAGCAGCGCAGCGCACCUCCCAGGCGCUGCAGGCGCGGCAGCAGCAGCAGGAGCAAGGGGGAGGGCGCGGGGGGGCGGGCGGAUUCGGGGGAGGUGGUUUUGGGACAGGGGGGGGAGGGGGAGGGGAAGGAAAGAAGGGCGGGAAGGGGGAGAUGGACGAUCCAAUGGAUCAAUUGUUGAAGGAAGCAGGAGUGGGCAGGAAGGGGCGAGCAGCAGACUAUCAGGAGCUGAGAGCGCGGCUGCAGCAGCGACUGGAGGAGCUGAGGAAGCGGAGGAACGCGGAGAGAGCCUCUGCUGCUAGCGAGUGGCGGAAGAAGCAGAGAGAGACGGGCGCUGAGGGGGACACGAAGGGGAAGAAGGGGGGGAAGGAGCGGAAGAAGGGGAAAGGAGGGGGUGGGGGUGGGGGUGAGAGGGAGGGCGCGGUGGUGGGUGGGAAACGGAAGCAGCAGGAGAGGGAAGGGGAUGGGGGGAAGGAGGGGAAGAGGGAGCGAUUUGGGAAGGAGAAGGGUGGAGGGAAGGGAGGAAGAGGAGGGUUAGCCGGAGCAGCAGCAGGAGGAGGAGGAGGAAGAGCAGGGGGGAGAGGAGGGGAGGGGCAUGGGUUAGCAGAUGAUGAGGUGAUUCCUUUAGAUUUGGAGUUUGGGCGGGUGAAGCUGGGGGAUAAGGCAGCAGCAGGGCCGGGGAUGGGAGGCGGGAAGAAGGGGAAGGAGGGCGGGAAGGUAUCUGCCAAGAAGCUUCUGGAGCAAGCGGCUAAGAUUCAGGAGAAGCUCAAGGGGCGGAAACUGGGAGACAAGGCGCUGGCUGAAGUGGAGACCCACCUGUGGAACGCGGCGAGCAGCAGGGCGGCAGGCGGAAAGGUCUUUGACGAUCCCAACAUGCUGAGCAAGCAGCAGAAGAGGGAGCAGCGGCAGAAGGAGAAGAGCGCUAAGCUAUGGAAGGAGAGGCAGAUGACAGUGCGUAAAGCAAUGAAGGAUAGACAGGACAAGCGCAAGGGGAACAUUCAGGAGCGGAAGGACAAUAAGAUUGCUGCUAAGAUCGCUCGG